AUGCCAUUAGCGCCAUCAGAAGAAAACGAAACUCCACUGAACCCCAAACACGACAACGAAAAGGACUCAACGUCUACACUCCCUCCAGCAGCUCACCUCAAUGACGUGGACAAAGAUGCCACCCUCAGUGUAUCCGAAGGCACGGGUGGAGGGAAGGGCGAUCCAGAAAACAAGGAAGACAAGAAGAAAGAAGGCGCUGGCUUUGGUCCGUAUCUUCGAGUUUGGCGCUACGCAAAGCCCAUCGAUCAUAUGUUGAGAAUAUGCGGCUUCUUUGCCGCCUGCGGAGCUGGCGCCGCGUUACCUCUUAUGACGAUAGUAUUCGGGGAUAUGAUCGACGAUUUCAAUAAUUUUGGCACUGGCCAAAUCUCAAUGGAUGAGAUAUACGACGACAUAUCAAACAAUGCACUUUAUUUUCUCUAUCUCUUCAUCGGUAAAUUCUUCCUCGUCUUUAUCAACACGACAUGUUUUCGAAUAACGGCCAUUCGAGCGACCAAAGCACUUCGCCAGGACUUUAUCGUCGCAUUGGUCAGACAGGACAUUGCCUACUUUGACAACUGCUCUCCUGGAACCGUUGCAACAACGAUAUCCAACAAUGCGGAUAUUGUCGAAAACGGGCUUGGGGAAAAGGUUGGGGUAGCUUUCCAGGCUCUCGCAAUGUUGGCAGCAGCAUUUAUUGUUGCCUUUACUCAACAAUGGAAGCUGACCUUGGUUACGGCAACUACUCUCCCAUUGGCGGUUAUCGUCGUCGGCAUUACUGUCGCUAUUGAUGCAAAACUCGAGGCCAAAAUCCUCAAAAUCUACGGGACCGCCGGGGGUUUGGCCGAGGAAGCCAUGAGCACUGUCCGCAUCGUGACGGCGUUCAAUGCAACGGGCAAGCUGAGACGCAAAUAUGAUGAAUACCUGGAAACAGCCAAGCGGUACGGCGUGAAAAAGGGUCCGGUGCUGGGAUUUCAAUACAGCACGGAGUUCUUUGCAAUGUAUUGUGCCUACGCUUUGGCAUGGUUCUAUGGCAUUAAACUCCUGGUCCAGGGAGAUGUGGGCAGUGGCGGCGAUAUCAUUACGGUUCUUUUCUCUGUGCUUAUUGGAACCUCCUCGAUUACAAUGAUCGCUCCGUCGAUCGGAGAAAUUUCAAAAGCGGCGGCAGCAGCUCAAGGGAUGUUCGAGAUGAUUGAUCGUCAAACAAAAAUCGAUCCGAUGUCGGAAGAAGGUAAACGACCUGAAAACCCCACUGGAACCAUUAGCCUACGGAAUGUUACCUUCUCCUACCCUUCUCGACCAACCGUCAGAGUCUUGGAUGAUCUCAGCGUGGAUUUUGAGGCAGGAAAGAUUACCGCCAUCGUCGGUGCUUCAGGGAGCGGAAAAAGUACGAUUGUUGGUCUCAUCACCCGUUGGUUCGAUCCUGACUCUGGAUCCAUCUUGUUUGACGGUAUUGACAUCAAAGACCUGAAUGUACGCUGGCUCCGAAGGAAUAUGGGUUUUGUCCAGCAGGAGCCAACUUUAUUCAGCGAUACCAUAUACAACAACAUCUCCCACGGCAUAUUUGGCACCGACAUGGAUGACCGUCCAGAGUCGGAAAAGAGAGAGCUCGUCCGACAAGCCUGUGUUCAAGCGUACGCGGACCAGUUUGUUGAAGAGCUUCCCGAAAAGUAUGACACCAAGGUUGGCGACAAGGGUGGUUUUCUCAGUGGCGGACAAAAGCAAAGAGUGGCGAUAGCUAGGAGUGUCAUCGCCAAUCCUCGCAUCUUACUCCUUGACGAAGCCACGUCGGCCCUCGAUCCGACCGCGGAAGGUAUCGUUCAAGCUGCCCUCGACAAUGUUUCCCAGACUCGAACUACCAUCAUGAUCGCUCACAAAUUAUCGACCGUACAAAAAGCGGACAAGAUUGUUGUUUUGAGCAAAGGCAAACUCGUCGAACAGGGAACCCAUCAGGACCUUCUUGCACGUAAAGGUGCCUAUUAUGGUCUUGUCAGUGCCCAAAAUCUGGAUUCCCGGCAGGAUUCGUCGUCAAAGCCUGUGGAUGAGAAAUCGGGGGAGCUACAGCUCCGGAAGACUCAGACUCCCGUUCACGCUAGCUCUGGUCAGCCCGAACUCGUAGCCGAAGAUGUCUCACGGAAGUUUUCGUUGGCUAGAUGCAUCGUGAUUGUUCUAUACGAGCAACGACGGCUGUGGCCGUUCUUCCUAGGAGGAUUCCUUGCCUCAGUCGGCGGGGGCGGAGUCUUUCCCGCCCAAGCGAUAGUCUUCAGCGAAAGCGUCAAGGUCUUUCGAUUGCCUCUAUCUCGUAUGGAAAAUCGAGGAAACUUCUGGGCUCUAAUGUACUUUAUCAUGGGGCUGGGGGUGUUGCUUUGCUAUGCCAGUCUCGGACUAUUGUUUACGGUUGCGGCGUUCUACGCCACUCGGUUCUAUCGAAGCGAAUACUUCGCAGCCAUUUUGAAGCAAGAUGUUCCCUUUUUUGAUCUGAACGAGCACUCAGCAGGAGCCAUGACAAGUCGACUAUCGACAGAUCCCCAGCGAUUGCAGGAUUUGAUUUCCUCCAAUUUUGGGCUUAUCUUAAUCGUCAUUGUUAACUUGAUCGGGUCCUGCACUCUGGCAUUGGCGUACGACUGGCAACUUGCACUUGUGGCCAUCUUUGGCUGUAUUCCUCCACUUUUUGCCGCGGGCUUCACACGGAUGAGACUCGAAAUGAGCAGUCAAGAUCGAAUGAGGAUGAUGUACCACGAGAGCGCCAGGUUUGCCUCCGAGGCUAUUGGAGCCAUAAGGACAGUGUCCAGUUUGACCCUCGAGCCAAAGGUGGUGAAGACCUACGACGACAAGUUGACGACUACGUCCGCCAAAGACCUCAGACAUACUGUUAUCACUAUGAUUUUGUUUGGUCUGAGCGAAAGCUUGGAUCUGGGUGCAAUGGGACUCGCUUUUUGGUACGGAGGCAAACUUCUCUCAGAGGGCAAAGUGGAUGUCGAUGUCUUCUUCGUUGUGUUCAUUGCCAUCAUUUUCGGCGGGCAGGCUGCUGGAUUUUUGUUUGGGUUUACUCUGAAUACCACAAAAGCACAUUCGGCAGCGAACCAUAUCAUUGACUUGUGUCGGUCACAGCCUAUCAUCAACACCUCAACCGGACUUCAAACCAUUCCCAAAACCGAUGACUCAGAUGUGGCAAUCGAAUUCAAGGACGUUUGGUUUUCAUAUCCGACUCGUCCCGAUGUAAAGGUCUUGCAAGGCCUGCGCCUCCAAAUCCGCAAGGGGGAAUCAAUUGGCAUAGUUGGUGCCUCGGGAUGCGGUAAAACUACCGUGAUCAGUCUUCUGGAGCGGUUUUACGAUAUCCAAUCUGGCGAUAUCCUCAUAAACGGUACAUCCCUCAAAGACUUUGACGUCCAUUUCCAUCGGUCCCGGAUCGGGAUGGUGUCUCAAGAUACAACGUUAUAUCAAGGCUCGAUUCGAGACAAUGUGCUCAUCGGGUUCCCGCAGGACACGGCCCCAGAAGAAAGACUCAUCAAAGCCUGUAAAGAUGCCAAUAUCCACGACUUUAUCCAAUCUCUACCCGAUGGAUAUGAUACAGAUGCAGGGACGCGUGGCCUUUCACUAUCUGGUGGCCAAAGACAACGCAUCGCCAUUGCUCGAGCCCUGAUUCGGGACCCUGAAAUCCUGUUGUUUGACGAAGCAACCAGUGCCCUCGACACUGAGAACGAGAUCAUUGUCCAAGAAGCAAUUGAAGCUGCUGCAAAGGGACCGGGAAGAACGACGAUCUCAGUUGCUCACAGAUUGUCAACCAUCAAGAGAUGUGACCGGAUAUACGUUCUCCAUCAUGGUAGAGUUGUGGAAGUCGGUGCUCACCACGAAUUAAUCGCUCGCGGGGGAAGAUAUUAUCAGAUGGUUCUGGCUCAAAGUCUGGAUCGUCAGGUGUGA